GUUAUUCAACAGAGCCGAACCCAUCUCCAUUUCAUUUUGCGAAUCACCCUCGGCGAGACCCGGACCCGGACCGGAGCACCAUCCGUCUCCGGCAUCUUAACCCGCCGUCCGUGCCCCGUCGCCCACCGCUCAUCCCCGCCGCGAUGGGGAGCGUAGACCUGGUGCUGAAGCCGGCGUGCGAGGGCUGCGGCUCCACGUCGGACCUCUACGGCACUGGGUGCAAGCACACCACGCUCUGUAGCUCCUGCGGCAAGUCCAUGGCGCUUUCCCGCGCCCGAUGCCUCGUCUGCUCUGCGCUCAUCACGAACCUCAUCCGGGAAUACAAUGUGCGGGCAAAUGCCAGCACAGAUAAGGCAUUCUCUAUUGGAAGAUUUGUAACUGGUUUGCCGCCAUUCUCAAAGAAAAAGAAUGCUGAGAACAAAUGGUCUCUUCAUAAAGAAGGCCUGCAAGGACGGCAGCUUACUGACAAAAUGCUGGAGAAAUACAACAGGAAGCCAUGGAUUUUGGAAGAUGAAACUGGUCAAUAUCAGUUUCAAGGUCAUAUGGAGGGAUCACAGUCAGCAACAGCUACAUACUAUUUGUUAAUGUUGCAUGGCAAGGAAUUUCACGCAUUUCCUGCUGGUUCCUGGUAUAACUUCAGUAAAGUUGCGCAGUACAAGCAGCUGACUCUGGAAGAGGCCGAGGAGAAGAUGAAUAAGAGAAAGACUAGUGCAACUGGUUAUGAACGUUGGAUGAUGAAAGCAGCUACAAAUGGGCCAGCUGCCUUUGGUUCAGAUAUGAUGAAACUUGAGCCUGCUAACGAUGGGGAAAAAGAAAGUGCUCGUCAUAAGAAGGGAAAAGAUAAUGAGGGUAAUAAUUCUGAUAAAGGUGAGGAGAAUGAAGAAGAGGAAGCCGCUCGUAAAGAUAGGCUCGGGCUCUCUAAAAGGGGCAUGGAUGACGAUGAGGAAGGUGGAAAAGAUCUAGAUUUUGAUUUGGAUGAUGACAUUGAGAAAGGUGAUGACUGGGAACAUGAAGAAACAUUCACCGAUGAUGACGAGGCUGUGGAUAUCGACCCAGAGGAGCGGGCAGAUUUAGCUCCUGAAAUUCCUGCUCCACCUGAAAUUAAGCAGGAUGAUGAAGAGAAUGAGGAAGAAGGUGGCCUGAGCAAGUCAGGAAAGGAAUUAAAGAAGCUGCUUGGUCGUUCUUCUGGACAAAAUGAGUCGGAUGCCGAUGAUGAUGAUGAAGAAGAUGAUGUAAUACUCCAUUCACAGAGAUUUAAUAUUUAUUUUUAUUUUAUUGAUAAGGAUUUUUUUCUUCCCUUAUUUCAGCAGGAUGAUGAGUCAUCUCCAGUCCUUGCUCCAAAGCAGACGGAUCAACCAAAAGAUGAACCUGUUGAUAACAGCCCAGCCAAACCUACACCUUCAUCAGGACAUGCUCGUAGUACACCUCCUGCAUCGAAAUCCAAGCAAAAGAGGAAAUCAGGUGGUGAUGAUGCCAAAGCAUCUAGCGGUGCAGCUUCAAAGAAAGCAAAGGUGGAAUCUGAUACAAAAACAUCAAGUAUCAAAGAGGAGACACCAUCUUCCUCAAAACCUACACCAAAGGCCUCUGCUUCAUCAAGAAGUGUCAAUGUAUCUCCUGUGACAGAGGAUGAGAUCAGGACCGUUCUUCUUGCAGUGGCUCCUGUCACUACACAAGAUUUAGUCUCCAGAUUUAAGUCUAGACUACGAGGUCCAGAGGACAAGAACGCCUUUGCUGAAAUUCUGAAGAAAAUUUCGAAGAUACAGAAGACUAAUGGCCACAACUAUGUUGUCCUUAGAGAGGAUAAGAAAUGAUCAGCUCAAAAGUGGCCAUUUCCUUCAUUGCGAAGUAUCCUCUUGUGUCUUCAUGGGGAUAAUAGUUUUGUACUGUAUUAUAGUAUUAGACGAAUUUGGUCUUCUGACAAGUAUGUGCCGAACUUCUACCCUUGCUUCUACUAGAAAUCAAAUAACUAGUUAGUGCCUUUUCGGAACC